AUGACCAUUGCCACAUCUACCCUGGGUAAUACCACUGCAAACUCAUCAACACCCAUCCUUCGACCAGUGAACACCACAACAGCUGUGAUAACAACCACCGCAGCACACAACACCACAACAGCCAGUAUUGAAGAGCAGUCCAACCAGCUGCUGGGUCUGACAAGUGACGUGUCCAAGCUCAACUCCUCCCAGGUGGACCAGCUGGUGUCCCACCUAGAGGCCCUGCUGGCUGGGCCCAACGUCAGCCUGGCUCUGGGGAAAAUCUCUGUCACGAUCGUUAGCAACCUGCUGGGUGCCUCCUCUGACACCCUGGCCUCCUCCUCCACCAAGAUCAUUGGGAUUGUUGAUACGGUGGGCCUGAAGCUGGUCGUUCAGGAAGAGGCUACGAUUUUAACCAAGUCGGUCGCUCUCGCUGUCAAAACGGUGGACGGCACUAAUUUCCAGAGAACAUCUUUCUCCAUCCCAGACCCCAACAGUGUGCAGAUCCGUGGAGACGGCAGAGCCAGGAGGAGUGUGAGAGCAGAGGCAUCCUCCCUCCCUCAGGGUUCCGUCACGUUCCCCUCCUCCCUCACAGCGAACCUCUCCCCUGAGCAUCAGCUACAAGCCUCCAGACUCCAGUUCAAUUUCUACCAGCAGAGCACUGUGUUCCAGGACCGAGCCCUGGGAGACAGCAGGCUGAAUAGUGGAAUCCUGGGGGCCAGUGUGGCCAACCUGUCAAUCAAAUCUCUGCAGGAGGACGUGGUCAUCACCCUGAGGAACACUGAACCCAUCCCAGCACAUUUCGUGGUGUCAUGUGCUUUCUGGGACUUUGGCAUGAAUGAUGGCUCAGGAGGCUGGAACCGAGAUGGCUGCUCUGUCAGGAACAGCACAGAUAAUGAGACUAUCUGUGCCUGCAACCAUCUCACCUGCUUUGGUGUGCUACUGGACAUGUCCAGAACGGACAUAACCAGUUGUCUCCAGGCCACAAUCCUCAACUACAUCACCUACAUCGGGUGUGGCAUUUCCUCCAGCUUUCUCUCCAUCACUCUGCUCACCUACCUGGCCUUUGGGAAACUGCGUAAGGACAUCCCAUCUAAGAUCCUGAUCCAGCUGUGUGUGGCUCUGUUGUUUUUGAACCUGGUGUUCCUGGUGGACGGGUGGCUGGCCCUCUACCCCGACUCUGUGGGCCUCUGCAUCUCCACCGCCUGGUUCCUGCACUACUUCCUGCUGGCUUCCUUCACCUGGAUGGGCCUGGAGGCCGUCCACAUGUACCUGGCCCUCGUCAAGGUCUUCAACACAUACAUACCACGUUACAUGCUCAAGUUCUCGCUCCUCGGCUGGGGCGUCCCACUCCUUGUGGUCAUCGUCGUUAUUGCUGUUGAUGAGGACAACUACGGCCUUGUUGGCUACGGAAAGUACUCAGAUGGCUCCCCUACAGAUGACUUCUGCUGGCUGAAGAACGACGUUGCCUUCUACGUAUCUGUUGUGGCCUAUUUCUGUGUCAUCUUCCUGAUCAACCUCAUCAUGUUUGUGGUAGUGAUGGUUCAGCUGUGUCGGAUAAAGAGGCAGAACCCCAACAACAAGAGGCACCGUAACGCGCUGCAGGACCUGCGCAGUGUGGUUGGGAUCACAGUACUCCUAGGCCUCACCUGGGGCUUUGCCUUCUUCGCCUGGGGGCCCGUCAACCUGGCCUUCAUGUACUUCUUUUGCAUCUUCAACUCCGUUCAAGGGUUCUUUAUAUUUGUGUUCCACUGCGCUGUGAAGGAGAACGUGAGGAGGCAGUGGAGGACUUAUCUCUGCUGUGGUAGACUGAGACUGGCAGAGAACUCAGAGUGGAGCCGCACUGCAACACAGAAGACAGGGAAGAAGUCAUUGUCAGUGACCAGAGCCACGUCCCUCCGCUCCGACAACUCCUCCCAGUUCAACCAUUCCUCCAUCUCCUCCUCCUUGGCCAACCACUCCUCGGAGUGGCCCAGUGGAGGAAUAGGUAGUCCAUUUGACGACAGAACCAUCACUGCCCUAGAAGAGCCCAACUCAGACGUGUUCCUCAACGAGAUAAACAGACAGUUUAGGACUCAGAGUUAG